AUGGCACGUCUGGUGGCGUACUUACUGGCACCAACAUUUGCUAUAGCUCUUCUAGCUUCAACAUUUGCUUCUGCUGAAAUUGUAGAGCAUUCAUUCUAUGUGCAAAAUGUGACCAUCUGUCGUUUGUGCCAAGAGCAAGUGAUCGCUGCAGUCAAUGGAAGGCUUCCAGGGCCAACGAUAAGUGUUCGAGAGGGUGACACUCUAGUCGUUCGUGUCUAUAAUUUGUCACCAUAUAACAUAACUAUUCACUGGCAUGGAGUUUUCCAGUUACUAAGUGGGUGGGCCGAUGGACCGGAAUAUACGACUCAGUGUCCGAUGCUGCCUGGACAGAGCUAUGUCUACAACUUCACCAUCACCGGACAGGAAGGCACUCUCUGGUGGCAUGCACACGUCCAAUGGCUUCGAGCAACAAUUUAUGGGGCACUCAUUAUCCGGCCAAGGGUUGGUUGUUCAUAUCCAUUCCCAAAACCCUACAAGGAGGUCCCGAUUGUUCUAGGAGAGUGGUGGAAUGCUAACGUUUUUGAGGUGGAAAGCCAAGCAUUAGCUAGUGGUGGUGCUCCUAACAUCUCUAAUGCUUUCACCAUUAAUGGUCAGCCCGGUGAUCUCUACCCAUGUUCUUCAAAACAUACAUUCAAGUUGAAGGUGGUACAAGGAAAAACCUAUCUUCUACGUAUUGUCAACGCUGCACUCAAUGACCACUUGUUCUUCAAGAUAGCCAACCACAAAAUGACUGUCGUCGCCGUUGACGCCUCCUACACCAACCCUUAUGUAACCGACGUUGUCGUCAUAUCCCCCGGCCAGACCACCGAUGUCCUCUUAAUCGCCGAUCAGCCACCAGCAUCUUACUACAUGGCAGCACAUGCCUACGAUAGCACAGACGGAGCAGUAGCGUUUGAUAACACCACUACCACCGGAAUAAUCGUCUACGACUACGCCACCUCAUCAGCACCCAUAAUGCCGGUGCUACCAGCCUUCAAUGACACACCCACUGCCUUCAAGUUCUUCAGCAAUCUAACUGGGCUUGUUACUUCACCUUUCUGGGCCCCAGUACCACUGAACGUGGAUGAACCCAUGUUUAUCACUAUUGGUUUGGGCCUUGCUGCAUGUGCAGCAAAUGCCACCUGUGGAGGCCUAUUUGGCCAACGCUUGGCUGCGAGCAUGAACAAUGCAUCUUUCCAGUUCCCCACCAAGUUGUCAAUGUUACAAGCUUUUUUCAACAACGUUGAUGGAAUCUACACCACUGAUUUUCCUGAUCAACCACCAUUGAUAUUUGACUACACUAAUGCAAAUAACAGCUUAAAUCAAUCCCUUUUGAUAACAACAAAGUCAACAAAAGUGAAGAAAGUCAAGUUUAAUGCAACGGUUGAGAUGGUGAUGCAGAACACAGCUUUGAUUGGUGUGGAAAAUCACCCUAUACACUUGCAUGGAUUCAACUUCUAUGUGUUGGCUCAAGGGUUUGGCAACUUCGAUCCUGUGAACGAUCCGAAAAAGUUUAAUUUUGACAAUCCACAAAAACGUAACACGAUUGCUGUACCAAUUGGGGGGUGGGCUGUCAUUAGAUUCCGGGCUAACAAUCCAGGUGUAUGGUUGAUGCACUGUCACUUUGACGUGCACUUGCCAUGGGGCCUGGCCACCGCUUUCGUCGUUGAGAAUGGAGGAACACCGUCAUCCACCCUGCCUCCGCCUCCCCUUGAUCUACCUCAUUGCUAG